AUGUCGCUCCUCGAAAAUCAUUUAGAGCAGAUCUCGCUCUCUUCCAAUGCCAUUGCGGAGCUACCCUUUCCCCCGCCGCGGAUCUUCACCAACGCCCUUCUGGGCCCCCAUGACAUUACCUCUUUGAUUCGCGAUACGGAGGCUCAUGAACGGGCUCUCUUCCAGACCGACCCUUCCGUUAAAUCAGUCGGUUCACAGCGACGAGCCACCCGACGCGGCACGCAGUUCCCGCAGGAAUCAGAGGGCGAGUCCAUGGCCAGUCGGAUCUAUUCGGCCAGAAAUAACAAAAGUCAGUCUGCGGUCGCCAGGGUCCUGGGCUCCGAUAUGAUGGAGGAGAUCAAGCGAUCCGCGGGCACGUCUAGUAGGGGUCGUGGUGAAGUAAAUGUCGAUGUUCUACUCCGAGGCGCGGAGAUCCUCUGCAAUGUCUACCCUGUCGCUGGUGCGCAUGAGAAGAUCGCCGGCCUGCGUUAUCGUCACGAGUUGGUUACAGAGUCGAUCAAUGAAUUGGAGGCACGUGUGGCCAGAAUUACCGCCGAAUUGGAGAAGAUUAGCCACUCGUAUGGAGACGACUUUGAUGAUUACGAUGGCACCGACGCCGUUCAGCCGGAGGUGGCGCAGGUCACGGAUGCCGACCUUGAGCGAGAGAUGGCGGAGAUCCGAGAGCUGGAGAGGAAGAAGCGCUCCCUGGAGGCCCGAGUCAAUGGCAUGGAACGCGAUCUAGGUGGAUUGUUGGGGUGA